GUCUGUCCACUUCUGUAUUCAAACGUAUUGUAGUCGGUGUGACACUGGACGCCAUGCAACGCAGAGCGACAGUGUCGGGACCCGAGUGGGUUCGGAAAUGCACCAUGUUUGUGCGAGCAAUGAGCCUGACACAAAUGUCUGGUCACUUUUCCUUGUUGAAGCAGCUGGCGUUGCCGGCUCGGAGCACCGAUAAUCUGGACAGUUCUGGGGAGCCCACCACCCGCUCAGUGGGCACCACUGCCAACUUGAAGGGGAAAAUGAGCAAAAGGUUGUCCAUAGUGAAAGGCCACUUCCCCAAGCUUGUCGACUGUGCCCACUUCCACUAUGAGAACGUUGACUUCGGAUCCAUCGAGCUGCAGUUUGCCAGCGAGCAGAGUGAUGCCAGCUGGAACUCGGGUUCCGCCAAGGACCUGGUCUUCCUGGUGCAGGUGUCCUGCCAGGGUAAGUCGUGGAUGGUGCGUCGCUCGUACGAGGAGUUCCGCACGCUGGACGCUCACCUGCACCAGUGCAUCUACGACCGGCGCUACUCCCAGCUGCUGCCCCUGCCUGCGCUCGGAGAGAUCGGCGACCGCGUGGAGAUCUUCACCCCUCUGCUGUCUGAGUACCUGAGCCGCCUCUCCAUGAUCGUGGACAACAAGCUCAACUGUGGGCCCGUCCUCACCUGGAUGGAGAUUGACAACCGUGGGAACCGCUUCCUGCUGAAGGAGGAGGCGUCUCUGAACGUCCCCGCCAUCGCUGCCGCCCACGUGAUCAAGCGCUACACGGCCCAGGCCAGCGACGAGAUCUCCAUCGAGGUGGGAGACAUCCUGUCGGUGAUCGACAUGCCACCGAAGGAGGACACCAGCUGGUGGAGAGGCAAGCACGGCUUCCAGGUUGGGUUCUUCCCCAGCGAGUGCGUGGAGCUCAUAAAUGAGCGAGUGUCUCAUUCCUCUGCAAAGCUCGAUGGAGACCCUGCGGGCGGUGCUAAACCGUGUGCAGUAACUGUGACCGGACCCCCCUCACCUUCCUCAGUUCUUCAGCCUUGGUUCCUAAGACUUGCUGUGUCCAAGAAGCAUGGCAAGCUGAUGGGCUUCCUGCGCACCUUCAUGAAGUCGCGGCCAUCCAAGCAGAAGCUGAAGCAGAGGGGCAUCCUGAGGGAGCGCGUGUUCGGCUGUGACCUGGGCGAGCACCUGCUCAACUCCGGACACGACGUCCCGCAGGUUCUGAAGAGCUGCUCCGAGUUCAUCGAGAAGUUUGGCAUUGUGGACGGGAUCUACAGGCAUUCUGGCGUGUCCUCCAACAUCCAAAAACUCAGGCACGAGUUUGACAGUGAGAAUGUUCCGGACCUGACCAAGGACCUGUACAUGCAGGACAUCCACUGUGUGGGGUCCCUGUGCAAACUGUACUUCCGGGAGCUGCCCAACCCCCUCCUCACCUACCAGCUGUAUGAGAAGUUUGCAGACUGCAUGGGAGAGAUGACGGAGGACGAGCGCAUGGUGAAGGUGCAUGAUGUCAUCCAGCAGCUCCCCCCUCCCCACUACAGGACCCUGGAGUACCUGAUGAGACACCUGGCCCGAUUGGCCACCUGCAGUGGCGAGACCAACAUGCACAUUAAGAACCUGGCCAUCGUGUGGGCUCCCAACCUGCUCAGGUCUAUGGAGAUCGAAGCAGUGGGGCUGAGUGGUGCUGACCCGUUUAAGGAGGUGCGGAUCCAGUCUGUGGUGGUGGAGUUCCUGCUCAGCAACGUGGAGGUUCUGUUCAGCGACUCCUUCACCUCCGUGGGCCGCUUCAAUGCCGACCGGCGCUCCCUGACCAGGCCGAAGUCCUUUGUGUCGACCAGGCUGCUGUCCCUGGAGGAGGCCCAGGCUCGCACCCAGGCCCCUCUCCUCCUGCAGGGGGGGCCGCUCUCCUUCCAGGGGAAGUUCCACACCGUCCUGGACCUGCCGCCCGACAGGAGGAAGAGGGGGAUGAAGGUGCGGAAGUCAGCGGGUGGGAGCUGGAAGACGUUCUUCGCCAUCGGGAAGCCGGCCGGGUCGGGCCGUCGCAAACCCAUGAGGAUCAGCUCCCUGUUCCAGCCAACCACGUCCCACGCUGGUUGUCGAGUGGAUAGUGUUACGUUGCGGUCAGCUAAGAGUGAGGAGUCCUUGUCAUCCCAGCACAGCGGUGCAGGGCAGUGUAAGCUCCAGCGUUUGCGUCGGCCUCGCUCUAGCAGUGACGGUCUGGCCCUGGCCGCCUCCCUGGACCCUCAGCUCCUCCCGCCGAGCCGCUCGUACGACAGCCUGCUCCCGGAGGAGGCGGCGGACCGCCCGGAGGAGCAGGGCGAGGAGGAGGAGGAGGACGAAGAGGAGGAGGACGAGGAGGGCGUGUACAUGCUGCCGGACUUCUCCCACGACCCCGCCGCCGCCUGGAUGGCGGAGGACGUCAUCGACUUCAGCCCCACCUUCCUGGAGGACGGGCCAAUCGGGGCCAGCGGGGGCAGGGAGUCCCCGCCCGCGGCCACGCCCCCGCCCUACCGCUGCGUGGGCCACCAGGGCCACGCCCACUCGCGCUCGCACAGCCAGCGCUCCGUCACCGAGGACCCCGACUCCGUGCUCAACCAAUCGGAGGCGGCGGCACGCCGGAGUCUGAUUCUGGCGGCCGCAGCCCCGCCCGUGCAGGUUUACUGCCAGCACCGCCCCCCUGAGCCCACCAGCCCCGCCCACGGCCCCGCCCCGGGCCCCGGCCCCUCCCCCCAGGCCCCGCCCGAGCGCCGCUCCUUCACCCGGAAAGUGGUGCACGCCCUCUCCCCCAAGGCCCCCAAAUCGCCCCCGCUGGACAUCUCCGACCCCAUCGCCAUCAGCGUGCCCGCCAAGGUGCUGGAGAUGAUUGGCGGGCGGGCGGGCGAAUUGCAGCCCGGCACGCAGGGCGCAGGCCUCUCCCAGCCGCCGCAGAUGAUCUCCAUGUUGCUGAGGUCAUGUGACUUCCAGCUGACCGAGAGCUGCCAGCAGGAGAUCCGCAGCAAGCUCGGCCCUGACCCCAAGGUCAAAGGUCAGUGGUUCAUGGUGCCCGCCGGCCCCUCCCUCCCGUCCCAGCAGCCCCCCCCUCCCCCGCCCAAGAACCCCGCCCGCCUCAUGGCGCUGGCGCUGGCGGAGAGCGCUAACAAGGCCCUGCGGCAGGGCACCUCGCCCCCGUACCGGCCCCCCCAGCCCCGGGCCUCGCCCCCGGAGCCGCUGGAGGCCCGCUUCCUGCGCACCGUCUCCGUGGACGCGGGCGAGGUGCUGUCCGGCUCCUCCCCCGCCGACCCCAACCAGCUGUACUCCACCGUGCGCCCCCUGUCCGUGUGGAUGGCCGAGGGCGAGGGCGGCGCCGCUAACGCUAAUGCUAACGCGCCGGACACGGGGGCGCAACAGGGCGGCCGGAGCCCGGUGCAGGACACGGGCACGCUCUCCUCUGAAACCUCCGUGUCCGACUCGGGCGGGUCGCACUCGGAGGUGACGGGCAGCAGCUCCUCCGGGGACACGGGUUCGGCUCCGAGCCCCGUGUACAAGAACCAGGAGGAGCCUCCGAGCCCCCCGGCCGGGAAGCCCGCGGAGAGAGAGUCCCCGGCGCAGAGGAAGCCCCCGGCCUACUCGCGCCAGUUCUCCGCCCCCCACCUCCAGCAGAAGGGGGCGCCGCCGAGCAAGUCGCCCCCGCAGCCUCACCCCCAGCUGCUGCACUCCAAGUCCGAGUGCUCCCCCCUGGCCCAGGUGCGAGCCUUCCAGCCCGCGCGUCCCAAAGUGCCCCCCAAACCCCUGGAGCUGGCCCCGGCCGCGCGCGCCCCCCUCUCCCGCGCCGACAACUACAUGCGCCGCUCGCUGGACGCCGCCCGCAUCCGCCGCAUCAUCAGCCAAUCGCAGGGCGGCUCGCCCAACCCGCCGCUGUCCCGGGCCUUCUCCGAGCGGCUGAGCGCCACCUCGGGCUACCGGGGAGGCAGGCCGCACCCCGCCCCGCAGCCCUCCCACAUCCGGCCCGUGCCCGCCUCCUGCUCGGCGGACGACCAGGGGAAGGGGGAGAACUUCUACUACGAGAUCUCGGGCCCCGAGCAGCCCCAGGCCCCGCCCAGCUACGCCUGGCACAGCUACCAGAACAUGCGGCUGGAGGCCGAGGGGAACUACCGGCCGGGCCCCGGCGAGACGGGCCAGCGCCCGCUCUCCAGGGGCCACCCCCACCCCCACCCUCUCCACCCGGCGGCCAUGAUCCCCCGCGCCCCUCAGCUCUGGUCCUCCGAGGCCACGCGGGCCUGGGCGGCGGCCCACUCGCACUCGCACUCCUUCUCCCACUCCCACUCCCACUCCCACCCGCACCGCCACGCCGCCUCCUCGGUGCGGCUGCCCCGGGGGGAGAUGCACCCGGCUGUGAUGGGCAGCGCCCCGAACCCCUCCGCCCUGCCCCUCUCCGUCCACAAGCCCCAGCAGCGGGGCGCCUCCCACCGCUCCCCGUCUGCCGACCUGGCCUCCUCCCAGCUGCACCCCUACUUUGAGAACGGCAAGGUCUGCUACCGCUACUUCGAGGCGUCCCGGCUUGCAGAGGACCAGGCGCACGCCCUGCGGCCCUCCGGCCAUCCGCUCCACCCCCACCACAAACCCUCCUCUUCCUCUCCCCCUCCUCCGCCGCCCCCCAAACAGCCCGCGCCCUCCCGGCCCCAGGACCGGCCGGAGCCCGUCUACGUCAACUUCCCCUUCACCAGCCCCCCUGCCGCCGCCAAGGCCUGGCUGACCACCGACCUGGACGGGCACGCCCAGCCCCCGUCCCAGCCCCCGGCCCCACCCCCGGAGCCGCCCCCCGAGGCACGGCUGCCCUCGCCCCUCCUGGACGAGGGGGAGAGGCCGCCGGCGCCCGAAUCCGCCGGGUACGACAGCCCGCCCUGCGCCGCCGCCAAAGACGCGCUGGUCGCCGCGGCAACGUCGCCGCCGCCCCCCGCGAUGGCGGGAGCUCUGGCGCACUACCGCAGCCGGUCUGACCCGCAGAGCUCCAGCGGGGCGGAGCCCGGCCUGACGGGGAAGGAGAUCGCCUCCCUGCUGAUCGAGAAGCUGGCGGAGGACGAGGGGGACGACGGACCGUGCGCGGUCACCUCCUCCUCCACCUCCUCCUCCCCUCCCCUGGAGCACCCACCCAACCCGUACCCCAGCCAGCACCAGCCCGCCUACAACGUGUACACCCCCGGGCCGUCCCGCAGCCGCCUGGAGGUCGGCCAGGCCGGGAGCUUCCACCGGCCGGACCCCCUCCGCCGCUCCUCCUCCUCCGGUGGCCAGUACCGGCAGGCCUUCGACGUCAUGCCGUCCGGCGACCAGGUCCUCAAGUUCUACCGCCCCCAAGACUUCGCCCCCGGCUUCCUGGGGGAGAACCCCAACCCCUACCCCAGCAGGCCCCUGUACCAGGACCCGGCAUACCCCAACCGCAGCCCCCAGGACCCCCACCCUAACUUCUCCCCCCCGCCCCCCUUGGACGCCCCCCGCGGCCCCUCGGCGGCGCUCUCCCACGUGAUGCUGGGGACCCCGCGGGGGUACGGGGGUCACGCGGGCGGCUUCCAGAUGGCCCCUCCCCCCCAGUACAGCCAGUACCAGUUCCAGUCUGUCCCCGUGCUGUCCCAGUACCCCAACACUCCCCGCAGGGAGGGGACAGACCCCUCCCUGCGCCCGCCCCCCCUCCAGAACCAGAGGGGCCUGACCCGACAGGGCAGCCUGCCGGGGCCCAACUGGACUAUCCACACCGAGGGACAGACCCGCAGCUACUGCUGAG